UGUGCUUUUUGCAAUUAAAACGUUAUGCUCUAUUCCUAGCAACGUAACGUAAAGAGUAAAAUCAUUCGGUUCAAAUUCUAAGAUUACUUUUCAGUCUCACUUAAAAUCCAAUUUCUUCUUCUUCUUCUACAUUCAAAUGAUAAGUGCUAACAAUUUAAUCCCAAAAACAACUGAAAUUUGACACUUAUCAAUGUCCCCCAUACCGAUAUUUAGGAGAAUUAUCAAAAAUGGGUCAACAAAAAUGUUCUCCGGGUUGCCUUAUAUUUAUUCUCUCUUGAACUGCUUGAUCUGCUUGUGGUAUGGCACACCUCUUAUAUCACCUGAUAAUCUCUUGGUGACAACUGUUAAUUCAAUUGGAGCAGCCUUUCAGCUUGUGUACAUCCUCUUCUUGAUGUAUGCUGAGAAAGCAAGAAAGGUGAGAAUGGUUGGAUUACUGCUAACAGUUUUGGGCAUAUUUGUGAUCAUACUUGUUGGGAGCUUGCAAGUUGAUGACAGUACAAUGCGCGGGAUGUUUGUCAGAUUCUUGAGUUGUGCUUCUCUCAUUUCAACGUUUGCCUCUCCAUUGUUUAUAAUUAAAUUGGUGAUUCAGACAAAAAGUGUUGAGUUUAUGCCGUUUUAUCUUUCAAUUUCCACCUUCCUGAUGAGCAUCUCCUUCUUUCUUUAUGGAUUCCUCAGUGAUGAUGCCUUCAUUUAUGUACCGAAUGGGAUAGGAACUGUUUUAGGAAUGAUACAAUUGGUAUUAUAUUUUUAUUACAAAGGUUCAACCAGUGAAGAGUGCAGAGAACCCUUGAUAGUGUCGUAUGAAUGAUCUGUGCUGUGCUGCUGAAUGAUGGCAAAGUGAAGGUAUAACCAAAUACACAAUAUGUGAUCAAGAUUUAUGGACUGAAUCACAUCAGUGUGAGGUGGUUCUCUGAAAUUAGUAAGCGGGCAUUUUUCGUGUAUGAAUUAUUUUCCAUGAGUCGAAUGAGUGAAUUGUAUGGUUUUGAUUAUGAAAUUUUUCCAUUCAAUUCAUGUAAAUGUUUGAAUUGAAACCUUAUUACAGUAUUUUAACUCCAUGUCUGGAAUUGUCUUUUAUCAGCUUUAUAUUAUUACUAUGUAAGAAUGGAUAUUUUUCAUGAAAUGAAAGGAUGAAAUUUG